AUGUACUUUCGCCAGCAAAUCCGGCGGCUUGCGACCAAGGAGGCCGUCAUGUAUGCAGCGAAGCACCUCUCGAGCGACUACGUCAAGUCGCUGCGCCUGCCGGACGCCGACGUCGAGGCCGUCCUACAGCAGCUGCCCGACGACGCCUUUCGCCGCAUGUAUGACGAUGGCACGCUGGACCCGCGCCUUUGUCUGCCCACAGCGCCCUAG